CUGCAUUCGGCAGCAGCGCACGUGCUGUACACGCCGCAGAGUAGGGAAGCACCGGUGGCAUGGAGCGCGUUUGGGAAGAGCGGCGGAGGAGAGCACUGGGAAUGAUCCCCUGUGGGAAAGCGCAAGACUUGGUCGUCUGGUUUGCUACGACCAGAGAGAAGAAGCUGUAGUAUUUUUUUAUUAUUAUUAUUUUAUCGCAAACAAACGAACGAACGGACGAAUGAAUGAAUGAAUACUUGAAGACAGGAGGAGAAACUCGGGCAUCCAGUCUUUAAAUAUCUCUCGUCAUGGGGAUACAACACCUUUUGCUUUUGUUCAUAUAUGUGGAUCCAUUGAAUAUUUUUUGCGCUGCAAUGGGCAAGAAGAGCAAGAACGUGCCUAAGCGAAACCAAAGGGUGAAGGAGGUGAACAGCACCGCCGCUCCCACGUCGCUCACCCAGCGGGCCACCCAAGUGCAGCCGCCGCUCGCUGGAAGCCACGACACGUGCCUCGGCUACUACGACGUGAGCGGACAGUACGACAAGGAGUUCGAGUGCAACAACACGGACCAUCGGUACUGCUGCGGCAGCUGUUUCCUCCGUUUUUGCUGUCAGUUCAAAGGGAACCGUUUAGAUCAGAAGACAUGCACAAAUUACAAUACACCGGACUGGAUCAAAACCCAGCCGCCGUCUCCUGUGCCAACAGGUGAGACUUACGAUCCGAAUUUGGAUCGGACUAACACGACUGUCUAUAUUACCUGUGGGGUAAUAGCUUUUAUCAUCAUCCUCGGCGUUUCUGCGAAAGUUGCUUACGAUAAAGCAACGAAACCGCCUCAGGAAAUGAACGUGCACAGAGCUCUUGUGGACAUGUUAAAGCAGCAAGGACCCAUUCCAGUAUCUCAGUAUGAGCAUGAAAACAUUGCUUCAGUCGAGGGUUCACCCAAAGAAAACACACCCAUCCGGACCUCCAAGAAUCACUACACUCCAGUACAUAAUGCAAAGUCUAACCACGGGCACUAUGGGAAAGAGAACUUCCACAACAGUGGAACAGAUGUGCACAACUUCAUUUCCUCUGGAUUUGUGACUUUGGGACGGCCACCUCUGAAAGCACAGCACUCAGUGGAUGGGAUUGGUCAUUUUGGCUGGCAGGGGAAUCUGGAUGUCCCCACAUCCUAUGGUAACCUGCAACACAAUUAUAGCCAUUUGGACCUUACAGCUCACACUCCCAAAAUUGCCCACAGAGCAGUGAAACAAGAAAAGCCACGGAUGAAUAAUAUUCUUACAUCGCAGACUGAGCCCUACGAUCUGUCCUUCUCCCGGUCCUUCCAAAACCUUGCCCAGCUACCUUCUUCCUUUGACUUGGGUGACAGAGACUUGGAUGAUUAUUACAGGCGAAACCGGCACAUACCUGAGCUGCCACCACGAGGCACAAUGCCUCUGCACUUUGACCAGUCGAUAGCACCCCAGCGGCAACGUCCCCAUCGUGUACAGCGUGCUAUGUCCCAGGACCAUGUACUCUCUCCAGAGAGGGCUCCACCACUCAACUAUGGCUUAUCCUCCUACAUUCAGUCAUCCUACAGCGGACGCAUACUUUCCGAGGAGCAGCUUUUGUCAGCUGAACACCUUCACUCUCAGGACCCACUACUGUCACCUGAGAAGAUGCUGACAUUACGGCACCACGGCCACCGGCAGAAGAUCUCAAGGGCCAUGUCACACGCUGACAUGCUUUUGCCCACAUCACCAAUGAUGGAGCGCCACAAGAUAUCAAAGACACAUUUGCAUCCUAGUGCCUCCAUUGAUGCAUACAACACCCUGAGUGUGAACCACACCACCUCCAAGCGACAAGCCUUCGCUUCCCGUCGGAUGCACACAGUUGACCAUCUGCAGUAUAUCCCUGGGCACCCCCACUACCACACCUCCAGCAAGAGUGAGGUAACUGUCUGACAGUAGGCAACCAAGGCAAGCAGGCUUCAGGAUUCGAAAGGAGCUCCCAACAGAGCGAGAUACCACAACGAUCUCAGCAAAAACCUAGUGGCCUAACAGCCUCAUCAAGAUUUCCAUUGUGACUAAUUAUACAAACAACAAAAAUUGUAGUAACGUUCAGCAUCAGCAGUACUGUUCACUCAUACAUGCGUAUGAAAGCUGCUGUCUACAUACUUUGGGUAUCGUAUAAGGGCUUCUAGGUCAGGCAAGUAAAUGUAUCUCAGUGUGAGGCAUUACUGAAACUACAUGAAACUGAGGCUGGUUUAUAAAUAUAGAUUUGUCAUUUUGUACUUCCUCUUCUUUGUGUAGUGU